AUGAAUUUACAGGUGUUUGAGAAGGAACUUACCGGAAAUCGUGCGACAGACAGACUACUGUUUUCUGGUGAAGGAAUUCUUGAUGUAACUUCCAUCACGAUUACUUUGGAAUAUGUUCCCGAUGAGGACAUCUUGGUAUACUUUGAAUUUGUUGGUUGUAUUGAGCAAGAGUAUACAUCCAUCAAGCCAACAACUACAACAGAAUUGCCAACUACCACAACGGAGAUGCCAACAACUACAACUCAGAUGCCGACAACCACAACGGAAAUGCCAACAACUACAACUGAGAUGCCACCAACCACUAGAACCACAGUCAAAACUACUGAAGUUACAACAACUCCAAUGAGUACAUCUGAGAUCACAACUGUGAGGACAACAACCAUGAUACCAACAGCCACAAUCACGAUGCCAACAACGACCACCAUGACCUCAACAGUCACAACAGAAAGGCCAACAACGACUACCAUGAUUCUACCAACAACAACACAGACAUCAACAUUCACGACAGUUACAACACCAGCACCUACAAAUACGAUAGUUGAGAAUACAACAAGCAAGUUAACGACUACAGUAGAACCAACUGAAGGACCAUGUAGAAAGUCUCUAAGAAUUGACGCUUUGGAGUCUCCUCUUGAUGUCAAGCGCUACCUGCAAAAUGUUUUGGAUAGUGAUGAUUCAAGUAUUAUCGAUAGUAGAAACCCUUGGUCACCAGAGGUUAGUGCAGAGGAUGAUCUUCCAGAGGUAGCGUUGUGUUUAGAGUUCGAAAUUGAACAACGGAAUGACAGUUCUGAAGUCGUUGAGUUUGAUGUAGAGAUUGAUAUGGUGAAGGCUCUUAGAAUUUCUGUCAAAGAAUGGUCAGAUUCUGGACUAAGCUUACGACUCGACGUCAAUGUCUGUUUAGCUGAGGUUGUGACAACUACAGAAACCAUAACAACUAAACAGUCUACUACUGUUCCACCAACAACCACCCACGUAAUGACAACAGAAAAAGCCACGACUGUCUUACCAACAACCAGAACAACCACAGAAUCUACAACUAUGGCAAUUACUACACCUAUGGAAGUCACAGAGUUGACUGAACUUGGUGAAGAAGGUAAGCGUACAACAAGCCCAGGUGAGGGAUUAACCUCUAUGGAAAGCGAGUCACCAUUCAAAGCAGAUUCAAUUCUUGAUAUCUGGGCUGUAACCACCUUCCCCUCGCCUGUCCAGUUGUCAGCUGUUGUUUUCAAAUCAAGUGAUGUUGAUGUCUUUAUCACAAAUGUCGAGAUAACAGUCUUCAGAGAUGGUAUGUCUAUCGAGACUAGAAAUGAAUAUGAGGUUGUAUUUAGAAAUGAUGUCGCACGUGUAAAACUAGCAGGAUUGGUUGGUCCUUUGGACUCUGUACGUAUAGAAGUAACAGGAUCAAGUGUUCAAGAGGAGUCUCCAACUUUGCAAUUCAAAUUCCUUGGUAAAGUCGAGGUUUCCACCGAAUCUACGACAAUUUCUACCACUGAGGUUACAACCAGAAUGUCAACCACUCCAGUACGUAUCACAACUGUUACAACCACCAAGACCACACCAUAUGUUACCACAGAGGAGGUCACCACUAUAUCGCCAACCACGACUGUAACCACGAUAUCAACAAUGACACCAUCAGAAACGAUUACAAAGAUGACCACGACAACACCGACAGAAACAACCGUAGUGACCACAACAGAAACACCAACGACAACGAUGUCAACAACAAGAACUACAUCAGUGAUGACUACAGAGCAGUGUGAAUCAAAUGUUAUUAGAUACAUUAGGCAAAUUCAUUUUAUAUAGUGUGU